AUGUUGAGCUCUAUGUGCUUUCUGUGGGACAUCAACUGUCCUUCAUACGUCUAUUUCUACAUCUUCAUCAUUGUCCUAAUUGUCUGGCAAGUGCAUCAGAAUUACCGAGGAUUGAAGUGUGAACAUAAAAGAAGCUGCUGCCAGCGUCAUCAAAAAGUCAGGCAAAGGGCUAGAGAUGCAGCGUCAAGAGCCAGGAGACUUUCCCGAGAAGAAGCUGAGAAGCCAUGGGAGCUGCUCUCUAUCAUGCAAAGACAAAGCUGGCUCCCCAAGGAGGACAAUGUGCGGCAGCUCCUGUGUGUAGAUCCCGGCUGCCAAAUCUGUGAGGCUGUGACUCUAGAGAUUCAGCAGUUGCUGCAGAGUGAGAAAAGCCAGCUCUCCCCUGCUUUGUUGGGACUGCCACAGGGCUCUGCUCGCCUGGAGAUGCCCAUAUCCAGUGAGUCUUUUGAAUGGAGUGAGGAGCUUUACUCCAGGCAUUCCACAGACUUUCCAGUGGCACCUGGAAACCAAAUACUCACACACCUAACAGAACAGUUAACACAGCCGACUGACGAAGAUGGUGUCCAGCUUUGCUGGACUGAUCACCUCCAGGUAGGACAGGAAUUUCACCUGGCAGACAUGUCCAUGGCCUCUGAGAUUGUGGCUUCUUCAAGACUUGAGGAGUCAGUGGUUUUAGUGAAUGAGGAAGACACAGCACACAGCGAUUUAAACUAUAUCCAGCAGAUCCAAGACCAUGAGGCAUUGAACUCACAGAUCCCUUUUCAGACCCUGAACCCACAAAUCACUCAUGUCACACAUCCUAUUACUGUGUCGACUGUCACCGAUAUCCCCCAGCCGUUCCUCAGUCCCGAAGUGUUAAGGCUUUUGGAGCUACAUGUGAAAAAACUGAUGCAUUUCCAAAGGUGGGGGCUCCCCAGACGCGUAGAGGAGUCCUUAAAGCAACUCAUGCCAAACCCACCAAUGUAUUUCCAGCCAGAACAUAACCAACAGGUUUCACUUAUCCUGAAUACUAGUUCUCAAGACAGUGUUCAUAGGUUUGGGGGUAUUUCCCCCCAGACCUGGUACUCAUAUAUGGACGGACAACCUAUCCAGACCUUUUGGGUUUCCGAGUGGUCUAGUGGAGAUGCAGAACAAAGACUACCCUGCAAACCAAUUCCCAGCCCUGUGGGAAAGCCCUUCUUCACUCCUGAAUUUGAACUUCUGCGUGGCCUCUGUCUACUGCCUGAGGGACAAACUAAUGAUUCCCAGAGCAAUCUUCAGAAGAAAUUCACUCAGUUAUUCUGCGGUCUUCCUUCUAUGCACAGUGAGUCCUUGGGGUCCACCUUCUUACACAUUCAAGGAGUCUCCAAGGACGACACACUCAAACCUUUCUACAAAGAUCCUCAUUUCUUGAAGGAGUCACCACCCAUUCCCUCACCAAAGGCAGCCCCUCCCACUUCUUCAACUUUUCCAAAUGAGUCUUUGUAUGAGCAUGAAAGAGCUCAGAUUGGUGUCCCACUUCUGACUCUAUCAGAAUGUAAAACCUUGGAAUGGCAUCUUCUACAAAGACAGCUUCAGCUUCAGUGGGGCCUGCCAGCUGUCAUCCCUGGAGCUCCAUAUGCGCCAAGCCACGCACAGUAUAAGCCACGUAAUAAAGCCAAGCCAUGUGGGACUUUAAAAGCCUUCCCACCAGGAAAAUCAUUCUCGGUCCUCACCAGAGAGCUUUUCUUCAUCCCACGGCACGCACGCAGGCUGUUGGAAUUCCACAUCCAGAAGCAGCUGAUUCACCUUCGCUGGGGGCUGCCCCAGAGGAUCCAGAGCUCCAUUCAUAAGCUCCUCUCUUCUCCUGACCAGCAGUCCCUGUCCUGCAGGGUCAGUAGGCUACCCAGUGUGAGCAUCCCAGAGCCAGGGAAGCCAGAGGCCGAUGGGUCUGGUGACAUGUUGUCACCCGCAGUGGGCAAAGGGACAAUCCCCAUGCCACACUUGUUUACUGAGGCAAAGGCAAUAUUGAAAACCCAUGUUGAUACCAAAUGUGAACAGAUCCAUGAGGGCAAGGUCCCUGCCUGUGUCAAAAGCUCUUGGAAAUGCAAAAUUCCUGGGAACUUGGCAGGAGGGACUUCAUCCCUAAACAUUUCACAAGGUCAGUCCUUAGAGCUACAGGCAGAAAACAACCCUGACCUACAUCAAGAAGUUGUUCCCUGGAAACCAAUGGACCUUGACCAGGAGACGCAGGCCCUUUCAGGCGCUUUCAUUGAACACUGUAGGCGACCCCAAGCCCUGUCUGAGGAAACCAUCAAGAAACUGGAGACAACUUUAAGACAUAAGUAUUUGGCCUUCCUGUCUGGCCUGCAGGCCCUUUACUGUGUGGCCCCGACUAGAACAACAUCCCCAGUUGUUGACCAAUCUGUAAUCACAACUAUGCCCAGGCCUACCAAAAGCUCACAGAAACCCUUACCUCAGAAGUCCCCAUUUGAAGGUCCAUGUUGGAGUGGGCUUGAGCCCUGUACUCAAGAUGACGAUGAGACCUCUGCAAACAUUGCAGAAGAGUUCCAGCGUGGAGUGCAGGUGGAUGGAAGGACGGAGAAGGCGCCUCCAGAGAAACAGCCUAUUCUGAUUAGACCCUACUCAUUAAACACAGAGAUCAUGGAGAAAUUGAAUUUCCACCUCAAAAAAAAGGUCCUAGAGAUAAAGUUGGGAAUUCCUUUAAAAGCAAGUGCGUUCCAAGAGACAACCGCAGGAGACUCAGAGGGUGAGUCUAUACAGGAGCCUCUCGGGAGUCCGUGUACCUCAGAGAGCACACUCCUGCAGGAGCAGACCACCUCAUGUGACUUUCCUCUAGCCCCAGAUCCAAAUAAGGUCCACCUUAAACAGCCAGCUACUGCAGUACAGGCUGUGUUUCAGAAGCAAAAGCAACCGAGUUCCAGAGCAGAGCCCCAUAGUUCUGCCCAGCAGGGUUCUACAGCCUCUCAAUUCCACAGGAAUAUGAUUGAGGCCCAAGUGCACUAUGUUCAGAUGGGGACCAGUGGGGAAACGCCCAGACUAGGGGAACCCUUUAGCCUUGAGUCCCAAAGCCCAGGCAAGAGUAAGUACUCAGGCCAUGUCCCCACAGUGACAGGCAAGAGCAAAACUCCAGGGAAACCCCAGGCAGUGGGGGACCUUGGAGACGGGGAUGCAGGUCUUGGGCUUUCUCUGGUCAGUCAAAAGACACACCAGGAUGGAGAGCAGGAGCCAGAAAGGAAGCCCCUGCACAGACCCCAGGGCUCCUCACAGCAGGGCCAUAACUUUUAUCUUGAGGCUGCCUGUCCACACAGCCUCCAGGAGCCCCCUGAGCUUGAGUUCCCAGAUCCACCUCCAGAAAUCUUUGUGGAGGCAGACUCUGAGCAGGACACGGAAGACAGUCAAAGUGAGGAAUAUAUUGUCCUGGAACCUGCAAGGAUUCCUCAAGUCCCCCAGCCCGGGGUCUCCCAAGCUUCCCAGGGCCUUCCUUUCCCAUGCUCACCAAUUCAGAGAAAGCCUUUUCAGGGCCAUACUUGUCCAAGUCACUUUUCACCAGGGCAUAUGAUGCCAGCCCCUCUUUACACUAAGGCCAGCCGUCUUCCAGAGGCUGGCUUGAAAAAUAAGAUGAAAAUCUUUUUUCAUUCUAUUAACCCCAAGAUAAAGAGCAAAACACACUCAGAACCAUCCAUAGUCUCUACACCUGGAAAGGUAGCCAAAACUAGUAAGGAAAAUGUUGAAAGGGGUCUGUCUCGAACCAAGAUCCCCAUCAAGAAAACUAAGUCAGAGGACUCCAGAGGGCCCAAGGCCCAGUCUUCGUCCUCUGAGAAGUCAGUGAUCGCCCCCUGUCUAACCUCUUCCCAUAUUCUAGACAGUAGGUUCUGGCCUCGCUCUCGACAGGUUGGCUCUGUCUUAGUCCUAGGCCACCCCUACCAUUGCCCUCGACACUGUCCUAGGUUGGCUUAUGCCACUAAACAGAGAAACCCACCCUAA